CUGCUGAUAUUAGAAAUAUUAACUAGCAAAUAGAAGAUUUAAAAUCUGAAUUACAUCUCUCUCUAUUGUUGUUUUUGAUUAUUUAACUUGGUAUGUGUUUCCGUUAUAUCUGUGUGCAGUGGUAUGCAGAUUAAGACCCACAAACGAAAUAUUGCUGCUCCCCUGGACCCUGCAGCCCUGGACCCUGCAGCAUUUGCUGAUGCAGUGGUCCAGAUUUAUCUGGAUAAUGCUGGUGAUCUGAUAAAUUUCUACAGCAGUGUAAAUUUCAAUUUCAACCCUAGUGGUUUUGGUUAAAAUAAACUCUGACCUUGACCACCUUAAGACAAUGUUAUUAAUAAUUUUAUGUUUCUUACUGUCUCACUUUGCUUGAAUGGGAACUCUCAUUCAGGUUCCUGCUGGAGCCAACACGUGGCACCCAGUCCCAGUCUCCAUUCAUUCUCUACGGUUUUGUAUUUAUUCUUAGUUUUUAAGAGAUAGGGAGAGAGGGCUUUCUUUUUGAAAAUCUAAAUUAAUUUGAAAUGAGGGGGUAGUUUCAUCAGAGAAAAUAAAUAUUAUAGUGUCAAUGAAUUUGUCUAUCAAGUUAAAGCAUAUGGUGGUUAAGCAUCAAAAAAUCAAACCUCAUGUCUGAAUUUGAUUUUUACCAAACCAAAAGUGUAACAGCUGAAUAUACUCUUUACAACGUGCAUCUGACAUCCCUCUAGGUGGUUAUCUUACUUACUCAUCUGACCAAACAUUUUCUUCAUGCAGGAACUUGUUUGCAAGAUCCUCGAGUCUUCAGACCUUAACUUCUCAUGCUACAGUGACAUCUUCUUUGAGGUUGUUUUCACUGGAGGCCGUACACAACCAGGCACAACCGAACCCAAUGAGGGGGAGCACCACCCUUACUCUAUAAUAGACUGUGAGCCUAAGCAUGAAGUCAUUCUGCCAUCUGUGAUCUACAUACAGAAAAUUUUACAUUGGAGGCCUUUCCUCAUAAAGGACCUAAAAAUGUUAUGCAAAGAUUCUUGCAGUUAUUGGAUCUUUUUGAGGUAAAUGAAAGGAAGAAGCUUGCAAUUUUCACAGCUCUUGCUUUCUCCCAGAAACUUCAGGGCUGCCACCAGAGAUCGUGUUCCAGCCCUUGCUCAAGAAUAAUCUUGUUACCAAGGGGUUAGUCCUUUCAUUCAUAACAGACUUCUUCAAGGAGUACCGGGUUCAUAAUAUCCUGGAGGAUUUAAUCGCAAUUCUGAAGCAAGGUAAAAUGGAAGACAAUCUCCUGGACUUCUUUCCAUCUGCAAAUAGAUCUGCAAGGAAGGGCUGACGCCCCUGGUUGAAUACAAUGAGAAAAAAAUAUAUAUUUGAGGUGAAACUGAAGGAAAUGAAAUCUGCUGUAACAACCAGAUAUCUGAGGAAACUGAUAUAUCUGAGGUCAUAGAAACUGUCAAGCAACAUGUUAAAGAUUCUAAAUUACCUGAUAUUGAAGUUGUGUGGAUGCUUUGGGAUGUAAUAAUGGAUACUGUUCAGUGGUCUGGGAAGAACCAGCAGUAGAAUGCUAAUGCGGCUCUGCGACAGGUCAAAUCAUGGGCAAAACUUUUAAGUACCUUUGUACCAGUGGAAAACUUGAGCUGGAACUCAUAUACAAAGUUCAGAUGCAAUGCUAUGAGGAUGCCAAGCUCUGAUGAAGCUGUUCCCUGAGAUCAUAAGGUCUCUCUAUGGCCAAGGUGUGCUUGCAGAAGACACCAUUCUUCGCUGGUUCUGCAGAGGAAUGAACCCUAAGGGCAGACAAACAUUUGUCGAGGCCCUAGAACCCUUUGUGAACUGGCUGGAAGAAGUAGAAGAGGAGGAAUAAGUUGGACCUUGUUCCCCUGGUUUUAUUGGCUUGUAUCAAUUCUUGAGGUGUCCUUUGGCAUAAGAUAUCUCAAGAUCUUUGACAUUUGGUGUGACAUUGUGAUGUGAGCAGAUCAUUGGUGGGUUUUCACCUGCAAUAAUCAAUCACUUUAUGCUAUCAUUUGCAUGUUUCUUUUAGCUGUCUUCUUAUUUAGCAUUAAAAUUUAUGUUUAAAUUGUAUCAUUGUACUACCUUCGUCCAUUUCUGGGACAAAGGCAGGAAUGAGAAAGAAUCAAAGAACACCUUACAUGUAAAGGUCUGGAAAAUCAAAAAUACCAACUGAA